UGGGCUUGGUGGUCAUACUGUUACUUUCUUGGAUAUAAAUAUAAAUAGCCACUCCCAGGCCCCAACCACCCACCCCCGCGCUGCCUAGUAUUGCACCUACCUGGUUUUCUCUCUUCGCCUGCCCGUCUUUCCAAUGGCGUCUUCCCUCUCUUCCAAGCCUUUCCUUACUUCUCCCUCAACUGAUGGAGCCUCCGGUUUUGGAUCCCUUCGCAAGCUCUCUUUUCCCUCCGUCCGGUACGCGAUCCGUCCGACGCAUCGUCGUACUCUCGAAAUACAGGCAGCUGGGAGUACAUAUGGAACAUAUUUCCGUGUUACGACAUAUGGAGAAUCUCAUGGAGGUGGUGUUGGUUGCAUAAUUGAUGGAUGUCCUCCUCGCCUUCCCCUCACAGAAGCUGAUAUGCAAAUAGAUCUUGAUAGAAGGAGGCCAGGUCAGAGCCGAAUUACUACACCAAGGAAAGAGACUGAUACUUGCCGAAUAUAUUCUGGAGUUGCUGAAGGAAUGACUACUGGAUCACCAAUAAUGGUAAAUGUACCUAAUACUGAUCAGAGAGGAAAUGAUUAUACAGAAAUGUCAAAAGCGUAUAGGCCUUCACAUGCAGAUGCUACUUAUGACUUCAAGUAUGGUGUGAGGUCGGUGCAGGGUGGUGGUAGAUCUUCAGCGAGAGAAACCAUUGGGAGAGUUGCAGCUGGAGCUGUUGCUAAAAAAAUACUCAAAAUUUUUUCUGGAACUGAGGUUCUUGCUUAUGUCUCUCAAGUGCACAAGGUUGUACUUCCUGAGGAUUUGGUUGACCACGAAACUCUGGCACUCAAUCAGAUAGAGAGUAAUAUUGUGAGGUGCCCAGAUCCUGAAUAUGCAGAGAAGAUGAUUGCUGCAAUUGAUGCCGUUCGAGUGAGGGGAGAUUCUGUUGGUGGUGUUGUAACUUGCAUUGUGAGGAAUGUCCCACGUGGCCUUGGAUCACCAGUCUUUGAUAAACUUGAAGCUGAGUUGGCUAAAGCUGCUUUGUCAUUACCUGCAACAAAGGGCUUUGAAUUUGGCAGUGGUUUUGCAGGUACAUUUAUGACUGGGAGUGAACAUAAUGAUGAGUUCUUCACAGAUGCACAUGGACGAAUCAGGACAAGAACUAAUCGCUCUGGUGGGAUACAGGGCGGAAUAUCAAACGGGGAAAUCAUAAACAUAAGAAUAGGUUUCAAGCCAACAUCUACAAUUGGAAAGAAACAGCACACUGUUACUAGAGAUAAACAAGAGACAGAGCUAAUAGCUCGUGGCCGCCAUGAUCCAUGUGUUGUUCCACGAGCGGUACCAAUGGUGGAAGCUGCAGUAGCCCUGGUGCUUGUGGAUCAGUUGAUGGCACAGUAUGCACAAUGUGAGCUGUUUCCCAUCAAUCCAGCUUUACAAGAACCCUUGGAGUUCCGGGAUCCUGAGCUGGCUGGCACUCACAUUUAAAAGAAGUAUUUUCGAAAUAUCACAUAUGAAUUAAAGACCCUUGAUAAAGCUAGAGGAAUGAGCAGGUGAGCUUUCAUUCAUUAUGGCUACAUUCUGAAUUGUUCUGAAACUUCAUUUAUUUAUUGAUUUUUCUUUGGAAGAUUUUGUGUCUUUAUUUGAGACUUUGAUACAUGUGGUUGUUACACUAAAGAUCUUCAGAUCACAUUAGACUAUUAGAACAUUUUGCCCUAGUUGACUAGGGAUAAGUUGUUGAACCUUAAACCUAUAUUGGAUGUGUGUUAAUCUAGAUCUCAGCCCACAGGAUCAAUCAUUGGAGCCUGGUGAGCUGCCCUUUUGAUCCUAGCUAGUUGUUAAGAUGUUAGUAAAGAAUUUUAGACAUAUAUAUCUUUAAACUCACGAUCAUGAAUAUUUACCAUGACAAUAAUUAAAUCAUCUUCAUCCAUGGAUUCAACAAUAAGACCAAGUUCGUUAGCAGCAGUUUUGGCAUGCUGCAUAUAGUCCAAGAUGCUGUUUGAUGCUUGUGCAGCAUCAAUUCUCUCUUUGACUCUCAUAAUUUUGCUGCAGGACAGUUUGACAUACAUGUUGGCAAGCCUGGUCCAGGCAUCUUGCAAAGUCUUGGCUGAUGCCACAUAAGACUAACUUUCUUGGAAAGAGAAGCAACUAUUACAUUGAUUUAGAGCGGAUCCUGCCCUUAUCCUCGAAACACGGUCAGGAUUUUUAGUGUUUCUUUUCCAUCUGUUUUAAAAAUAGCGGAAGGACAAGAGGUAGAGGUAUUGAGAUAGCCCAUGAGAUUGUAACCAAUCAAGAAAGAGUUGAACUGCACCCUCUAUGAAAUAUAAUUUGAGGGAGUGAGUUUCAAUGGGGAUUGGCCUGCUAUGUUAAGAGAAAUGUGAGAAGGGUUUUUGGGA